AUGAUACCCCUGACUAGAUACAAGGCACGUUCCCCUGACUCGAUAGUGGGUGUAUGGGAGAGUAUCCCUGGGGGAUGGAGCGCGAGCGGGCUGAAGAUACUGAUCCUGGAGCCUGAAGUGCGCUGGCGCAUCCUAUACAACGGCCUGCUCACCAGGGCUGAUGGAGUCACGCAGCACGUCAAGUUUAACCUCACCUGGGCGGCGGCGUCGGAGGUGUCGGUGCAUCCGCACGACUGGAGCGCACAGCUGGCGGCCGCCGCGCUGGCGCUCGAGCCCUGGCGCGACGACAAGUGGUUCAACUUGUUGGGUAGAUGGGAAGAAGGCGGCUGGUUACAAUGGGGCGCUGCACAAGGCCGCAUCGAGGCGUUUGACGCGCAAGGUGCGCCCACGCACAGCGAAUAUUUGCGCGUUAGGGGCGCGCGCGAGCGUUGCUGGGCUCCGCACGGCUGGCCCGGGCUGCGAAGAGAAGUCGCUAUCACAGCGGUCGCUGCUGAUGGAACCGCUGUGCACUUACGAGCGCUGUCGUACAAGAAUGUUUUGACACAGUGCAUUUCUGGAACAGUCAGAUUCCCAAAUACGAAGAUAAUGAGCGUCACCAGUACCAAUUUGCAGAUGAAAGACUUCUGCGAGAAUCCAGAUGAGAUUUCAAACAUUUUCACCUUCAAUGUUGGCACUCAACACAGAAAUCUUCGUGUGGUAGUGCGCCUGCAUAAAGAUGGCGCAAGGGCUUUGAGCGGGGUGCCGUACCAGCACGAGGCGGUGUACCACGCCGCUAGCGUCGACAUCGACGGCGAGGCCGGCGCGGGUAUCGUGGAGCUAGGCUAUGAGCCGAAACAGAUACGCGAGCCGUCUGUUCGGCUGACCCCUCCGCGGGUCCUAAAAUGGCUGACAGAGGCGGAGGUGGGUCGUGUGGGGCACUGCUUAGCUUUCGAAGACCGCGCGGCCGCCUGCCCGGCCUACGUGGGGGGCAAAGGAGCCUCUCUUGCGUUACUCUCUUCCAUGCAGAAGGCAGGGGGAUAUCGUGUUCCACCCGGCUUCUGUUUGACAAUCCACGCCCUUGAGUACCAUUUGGAAGUUAACCCUCAAUUGAUAAAGGCCGUUCGAGAAAUCGAAGCUGCCAAUGAAAACUACAAUGAAGCCAUUUUCAAAGAAAAAUGCAACAGAGCGGUUGAGCUAUUUGCUGCCACUGAAAUAAUCGGUGAGGUUCGUGAAGAAGUAUUGACACAUCUCAGUGAGCUGAGGAAGAAGGCGGCUAAAGAAAACCUGGGCCCCGAACGGCGGUUUGCGGUCAGGUCUUCUGCUGUGGGAGAAGACAGUGAGACCCUCUCGGCUGCAGGCCAGAACGAGACCAUACUGGGAUGCGUCAGUGACACAGAUGUCCUCAAAGGCGUGCAGAAGUGUUGGGGUUCGAUGUUCGCGUUUACUAGUGCAUAUUACAGAAGACAGAACGGGCAGCCUUGCUUAUGCGGCGGCGGCGUGGUGGUGCAGGCGCUGGCGCCGGCGCGCGCGGCCGGCGUGCUGUUCACGCGCCACCCCGCCGCCGGCGACCCCGCGCGCCUGCUGCUCACCGCCAACUACGGGCUGGGGGAGGUAGGUACAGGAGACAGGGCCAGGCGUGCCGGCGCGGCGGCGGCGUGGUGCCGGCGUGCUGUCCACGCGCCACCCCGCCGCCGGCUGCUCACCGCCAACUACGGGCUGGGGGAGGUACGUACAGGAGACAGGGCCAGGCGUGCCGGCGCGGCGGCGGCGUGGUGCCGGCGUGCUGUCCACGCGCCACCCCGCCGCCGGCUGCUCACCGCCAACUACGGGCUGGGGGAGGUAGGUACAGGAGACAGGGCCAGGCGUGCCGGCGCGGCGGCGGCGUGGUGCCGGCGUGCUGUCCACGCGCCACCCCGCCGCCGGCUGCUCACCGCCAACUACGGGCUGGGGGAGGUAGGUACAGGAGACAGGGCCAGGCGUGCCGGCGCGGCGGCGGCGUGGUGCCGGCGUGCUGUCCACGCGCCACCCCGCCGCCGGCGACCCCGCGCGCCUGCUGCUCACCGCCAACUACGGGCUGGGGGAGGUAGGUACAGGAGACAGGGCCAGGCGUGCCGGCGCGGCGGCGGCGUGGUGCCGGCGUGCUGUCCACGCGCCACCCCGCCGCCGGCUGCUCACCGCCAACUACGGGCUGGGGGAGGUAGGUACAGGAGACAGGGCCAGGCGUGCCGGCGCGGCGGCGGCGUGGUGCCGGCGUGCUGUUCACGCGCCACCCCGCCGCCGGCGACCCCGCCCGCCUGCUGCUCACCGCCAACUACGGGCUGGGGGAGGUACGUACAGGAGACAGGGCCAGGCGUGCCGGCGCGGCGGCGGCGUGGUGCCGGCGUGCUGUUCACGCGCCACCCCGCCGCCGGCGACCCCGCGCGCCUGCUGCUCACCGCCAACUACGGGCUGGGGGAGGUAGGUACAGGAGACAGGGCCAGGCGUGCCGGCGCGGCGGCGGCGUGGUGCCGGCGUGCUGUCCACGCGCCACCCCGCCGCCGGCUGCUCACCGCCAACUACGGGCUGGGGGAGGAGACAGGGCCAGGCGUGCCGGCGCGCCGGCGGCGUGGUGCCGGCGUGCUGUUCACGCGCCACCCCGCCGCCGGCGACCCCGCGCGCCUGCUGCUCACCGCCAACUACGGGCUGGGAGAGAGCGUAGUCUCCGGAUCAGUAGACCCCGACACCAUAGUCGUAUCCCGGGAUCUAGACGACCAGCUGUCGAUCAUGAGCAUCGACCUAGGCUCCAAGGCGCAGCGAGUGACGGCAGCAGACGAGGGCGUGACCACGGAGGCGGUGCCCGAGGCAGAUAGGGCGGUGGCUUGCCUGAGCGAGGAUGAGGCGCUGCGGCUGGCCAGUAUAGGCGUGCAACAGGAAGACUGGUGGGGCGCUGGGAGAGAUAUCGAGUGGGCUAUUAGUGAGAACGAUAUAUUCCUGGUGCAAGCGCGGCCCAUCACCUCCUUAGAGCGAUGGACAGAGGAGGAACUUCUUCACGAACUUGAUUCUCCUAUCAUGGCUGACGAUGAGUUCACGACAUUUGCCAACUGCGGCGAGGUAUUCCCAAAGCCAGUGACGCCUCUAUCUCACGACUUGGUGGUGCAACCUCUAAUCAAAGGCAUGAGCAAGACGGUCAGCAACGACAUCGGAGACUACGAGGACUCGGUCGCGUUCACGCACAAUAGGUGCAUGAUCGCUCUGUACAAUUCAGUAUACCGGCGCGCGCCGCCCGAAGUGGACGUCAACAUUCGCAUGGUAGAGAUGGCUCUCCACGGUCACAAAGUAGCAGACGACGCCGUCAUCCAGACGGCCGUACGCCGCCGCCCGCCCAAGUGGAGUGAUAAGAUGGACAUGCUGUGGUUCCUCAUUGUGAGAAUCAUCUGGUCCAAAUGGCACAUGACCGACACAAUGAAGAGGGUGAAGUCUUUAGACAUCGACAUGACGUCAGAGGACCCGGCGGUGAUCCUGCAGUCCAUAGCGGACACCCGCAGCGCCAUGUGGCAGGUGGCCUACAACCACAGCAGCACCAGCGCCGCCAGCACGUGCAGCCAGUUCGUGGCCAUGACGGUGCUGCUGGAGGGAGCCGCGGGUGAGUGACGUCACAGCGCCCGGCGUGACCCUGCAGUCCAUAGCGGACACCCGCAGCGCCAUGUGGCAGGUGGCCUACAACCACAGCAGCACCAGCGCCGCCAGCACGUGCAGCCAGUUCGUGGCCAUGACGGUGCUGCUGGAGGGAGCCGCGGGUGAGUGACGUCACAGCGCCCGGCGUGACCCUGCAGUCCAUAGCGGACACCCGCAGCGCCAUGUGGCAGGUGGCCUACAACCACAGCAGCACCAGCGCCGCCAGCACGUGCAGCCAGUUCGUGGCCAUGACGGUGCUGCUGGAGGGAGCCGCGGGUGAGUGACGUCACAGCGCCCGGCGUGACCCUGCAGUCCAUAGCGGACACCCGCAGCGCCAUGUGGCAGGUGGCCUACAACCACAGCAGCACCAGCGCCGCCAGCACGUGCAGCCAGUUCGUGGCCAUGACGGUGCUGCUGGAGGGAGCCGCGGGUGAGUGACGUCACAGCG